UGAUUUAUGAGUGUGAAAGAAGGAAAAGUUGUUUAUAAAAAGUUAGCGGCCUUUUCUGGAGUGAAGCGCCAGGUGCAGCGGCAGCACCCGCCGCCGCCUGAGGCGCAUCAAGAUUCAAUGCCAACAGUAGCCGGAAACCCCAACAAUAAAGCCAACCCCUCGCGCCUCUUUCCCUCCGCCAUUGCCACUUUUUCCUCUUCCUCGAUUGCCUUCUCCCUUCUCUCCAGUUCUGUAGGCCAUGUUUAAGAUUCCAGAUCAUCAAGUUGCUGGGCAUCAAGCCAGUAAUGGAAUGAUGGGCCCUGUUGUGGAUGAUUCUGGUCUCUUCUUCAAGCCUCUACAAAAGGACGAAAGAGGAUCCAAGGAGGUGGCCUUCUAUGAAUCAUUGGCUUCAAAUAUCGACGUUCCAGAUAAAAUCCGUGCCUACUUCCCUACCUUCCAUGGAACCCAGCUUAUACCUGCAUCAGACGGUUCUGGCUUGCAUCCACAUCUUGUCUUGCAGGAUCUCGUAUCCAGUUACAAAAAUCCAUCCAUUAUGGAUAUCAAGAUCGGUUCCAGAACUUGGUAUCCACAGGCUUCUGAGGAGUACAUCCAAAGGUGCUUUAAGAAGGAUAGAGAAACCUCCAGCUUGGCUCUGGGGUUUAGGCUGUCGGGCUUGCAGGUCCAUGUGAGCAAAGAAGCUGGAUACUGGAAGCCAGACAGGAAAUGUUUUCAGAACUCUUCAGCUGAGAUAGUUAAGAAUGUUCUGAAGAAAUUUGUUUCUUCAAACAUUUCUGCAGAUUUGGAUGCGGGUGAUCUUGAUUUUGAUUGUGCUUUCGCUCCAUCAGUUUAUGGUGGUUCAAAUGGGAUUUUGGCACAAUUAUUGGAGCUCAAGAGUUGGUUUGAAGAUCAGAAGUUUUACCAUUUCUAUUCUUGCUCAGUGCUGAUGGUGUGGGAUAAAGAACCUAAUGCUGCAGCAGCUAUUAAACUCGUUGAUUUUGCACACGUUGUAGAUAGCAAAUGUGCUAUUGAUCAUAAUUUCCUAGGUGGGCUAUGUUCUUUGAUCAAGUUCAUCUCGGAGAUCUUGACCAAUCCUCACGCCUGCCCGAACAAACCUUGCUCUGAUAGCAAUUCGAACUGCAAUGGCGAUAGCUCUGAUAGGUGAGCCAGAGUAUUGAGGUUUGAAACAUUGUGUUUAUGAAGGAUCAUAUCAGUCUUCAAACUGAACUAUGAUCCCAUAUGCUUUUAUCUUAUUUGGUUACUGGAUGUUUUUGUGGAAGUAAUUCCUUUCUACUUUGUUGGAACUUCAAGAACAAAAUCUGUUGAGUUAUUGAUCAGCCCUUUACUGAAGUUGGUCUGAUAGAUUUCUUUGUACUUUAUUUCACAUGGGUCCUCCCAAGGCUGCAAUCUUUGAAAGAAGUUGGUUUAAUCAA